UCCAGCUGGUUGUCAUUUCGAUCGGAGGCUCCGUCCUGUGGAGACGACGGCGGCGGCGGCUGAGGCUGAGGCGGCCGGGCCGGAGCGACGCACCGGCAGAUUGACAGAACCACUGCCCCCCGCCAGCCUCGCAACGUGAAAGGAGAGACCCCCCCUCUUCCUACCCGCAAAACGAUUGUUUUACAUGAGGGGCAAAGAACAACGCCGGGAGGAGCCAAGGCGGAGGAGAAGCAGCAGCAGAAGCAGCCGCCGCAACACCAGCCGCCCCAGAGCCUCGGCAGCGGGAGGAAAGGCAGGACCUCUGGGAGCUGCGCACACCGCCGGCGACACCUCCUUCUCCUCCCCGUCGUCGUCGUCGUCGUCCUCCUCCUCCUCAGGAGCCAGGCUCGACACCGCCCCUCCCUGCUCUUUCGCCACUUAAGCGGUCCUCGUGACCCUCCUCCCUUGUGAAGCCGGCUCCCAUGGGGGAGAGAGGAGCCCGGCCCCCCGCCAGCGCCGUCCCCUCCCCGCCGGAGACUGCUCCCCUCCUGAGGCAGCCACGAUUCAUUUGAAGGACACACAAAUAUCGGAUCAGAAUAGGAGGCGAGCUUGGAAAAGCAGGAACCCACCCAAACAGCAGCAGCGGCAAGAAUCCACUCUUCUGCUCCUGCACAAUUCAAUCUGUACACAUACGCCCAACACUACCGAAUACUAAUAUCUACUAGAGAUUAAGAAAAUAACAAAUCCUUACGCUUUUCCCCGCAUUUACAUAGAAAGGCCUUGUAAGAAGGGCAUCUGCAUAGAGCAUAUUACUCAUACAUACAGUUCUCCAAGGCAGCAGUACAGGUGUGGGGAGGGAGCCUUCCUAUAUAGUUCCUUUAUUCCUUUGAGAUCCUGAGGUAAAAUCUUUACAUUUUAAGCAUCAAAGACUGUUAGAAUAGAAUACAGAUAUAUAUUAGAUUAUAUAGAAUUUAUUAAAUUAUUCCAAAUCUAAAUAUAUUUUUUAGAGGUGUGAAGGAGUGAGGAGUACCAGAUGUCAUGGUAUUUUCCCUGGGCUAAUGCUUACAUGGGCAGGCUGAGGUGGUUGAUAAGGCAAGAAAGCUAAAAUAAAUAAAUAAAUAAACCCCUCCCAGGAGUUUUGUUUCAUCCCAAAUUCAUUCCUGUGCAUUUCCUUUUAGGAAAAGGAAAUCUCUUAUUUUGUUAACCAAAGAUUUACUUUCUAUUUUUUUUCCUGGCUGUUGGAAGGAAGCAAAGACGAAUUGACCCAUGUCAAUGUUUUAAAUUCUUCUCACUUGUAAGAAUCUAGGAGUAGUAUCCAAAUCAGAUAUCCUCAGUGUGUACGUAGAAAAUAAGUGGAAGAUCUGUUAUAAAAAUUUUCAUUUCAUUUGCUUUAGUAGAGGAAUAUAAACAUUUUAAGGUUUGUUUGUUUUUUUUUUUUUUUCAGGCGGAAUUCAAACUCUAAAUAAAAUAAAUGGGGGAUUACGGGUUUGGCGUGUUAGUGCAAAACAACACCGGGAAUAAGUCAGCUUUUCCAGUCAGAUUUCAUCCACAUCUGCAGCCUCCACACCACCAUCAAAAUGCAACCCCCAGCCCUGCUGCUUUUAUAAAUAACACAGCUGCCAAUGGCAGUAGUGCUGGGUCAGCUUGGCUCUUUCCUGCUCCAGCUGCCCAUAACAUUCAGGAUGAGAUUCUGGGGUCAGAAAAAUCUAAAACUCAGCAACAGGAAAAACAAGACUCCCUAGAAAAACAACAGCUUUCCCCUAGUCAAAGUCAGGAAACAGGCAUGUUGCCUGAUUCUGAGAAAGCUAAAUCUGAAGAAAACCAGGGGGAUAAUUCUUCUGAGAAUGGCAGUGGAAAAGAAAAAAUAAGAAUAGAAUCACCAGUGUUAACAGGAUUUGAUUACCAAGAGGCUACAGGGCUAGGUACUUCAAGCCAGCCCUUGACAUCUACUGCAUCUUCUCUGACUGGUUUCAGUAACUGGUCAGCAGCUAUAGCUCCUUCUUCUUCAACAAUAAUUAAUGAAGAUGCAAGUUUCUUCCACCAGGGAGGGGUUCCUCCUGCUUCAGCUAAUAAUGGUGCUUUGCUGUUUCAGAAUUUUCCACAUCAUGUCAGCCCUGGUUUUGGGGGUAGCUUUUCCCCUCAGAUUGGACCCCUCUCUCAGCACCACCCUCAUCACCCCCAUUUUCAGCAUCAUCACAAUCAACAUCAGCAACAGAGGAGGUCUCCUGCAAGCCCUCAUCCACCUCCAUUUACACAUAGAAAUGCUGCUUUUAAUCAACUGCCUCACCUUGCUAAUAAUCUUAACAAACCACCUUCUCCAUGGAGCAGCUACCAAAGCCCAUCACCUACACCAUCUUCUUCAUGGAGUCCUGGUGGUGGUGCAGGAUAUGGUGGGUGGGGUGGGUCCCAAGGGCGAGACCACCGCAGGGGACUGAAUGGAGGAAUAACACCCCUGAACUCCAUCUCACCCCUGAAGAAGAAUUUCCCAAGUAAUCAUAUCCAGUUGCAGAAGUAUGCACGGCCUAGCUCCGCUUUUGCUCCAAAAUCUUGGAUGGAUGACAGUUUGAAUCGAGCUGACAAUAUCUUUCCUUUUCAGGAUCGCACAAGAACCUUUGACAUGCAUUCACUGGAGAACUCGUUAAUUGACAUAAUGAGAGCUGAAAGUGAUUCACUGAAAGCAAGGACAUAUGGGAGAAGGCGAGGCCAGUCCUCUCUGUUUCCAAUGGAAGAUGGGUUUCUGGAUGAUGGACGUGGUGAUCAGACUCUCCAUAGUGGCUUGGGAUCACCCCAUUGCUUCUCCCACCAAAAUGGCGAGCGUGUGGAACGGUACUCCCGCAAGGUGUUUGUAGGGGGUUUGCCCCCUGAUAUUGAUGAAGAUGAGAUCACAGCUAGUUUUCGUCGCUUUGGCCCUUUGAUUGUGGAUUGGCCUCACAAGGCUGAAAGCAAGUCUUAUUUUCCUCCUAAAGGAUAUGCAUUUUUGCUGUUCCAAGAUGAAAGCUCUGUACAGGCUUUGAUUGAUGCAUGCAUUGAAGAGGAUGGAAAGCUCUACCUGUGUGUUUCCAGUCCUACAAUUAAAGACAAACCGGUUCAAAUCCGACCUUGGAAUCUUAGUGAUAGUGACUUUGUGAUGGAUGGCUCACAGCCUCUUGAUCCACGAAAAACCAUUUUUGUGGGAGGAGUUCCACGACCCCUACGAGCAGUGGAGCUUGCAAUGAUCAUGGACCGGCUGUACGGAGGAGUUUGCUAUGCUGGAAUUGACACAGACCCUGAGCUGAAGUACCCAAAAGGAGCUGGGCGUGUUGCAUUUUCUAAUCAACAGAGUUAUAUAGCUGCUAUCAGUGCCCGCUUUGUUCAGCUGCAACAUGGAGAGAUAGAUAAACGGGUGGAAGUUAAGCCAUAUGUCUUGGAUGAUCAGCUGUGUGAUGAAUGUCAGGGGGCCCGUUGUGGUGGAAAAUUUGCUCCAUUUUUCUGUGCUAACGUUACCUGUCUGCAGUAUUACUGUGAAUAUUGCUGGGCUGCUAUCCAUUCACGCGCUGGCAGGGAAUUCCACAAGCCCCUGGUGAAAGAGGGAGGAGAUCGCCCGAGACAUAUUUCAUUCCGCUGGAACUAAGUGAUUACUGCAAUGCGUUCAUAUGCAGGCCUCAAAAUAAGUGCACUCUUCUGUUCUCCCGAUUCCCUUGCCCUCCCUUCCUCUUCUCUCUUACUCAAGAUAGCAUGUCCUACUGUUAUAGUAUGUAACUUAACAAUAGUGUAACAAAAGAAUGACCUAUAACCAUAUAGGUAUUUUGUAGAAUCUUGUCAUUAAACUGUAUAGGGAACGCCUUUUCAUAUGGAUAACACAGCGCAUGAAAGCCAGGUUCUCUUACCUUUACUUACCCAGGGGACAGUGCUUUCCUGCUAUCUUUUCUUGAAGGGAGAGAGAACAAUAUUAAGAGAAGAGAAAUGAAACAAUAGAGUAUUUUGUUUUUUAAUUAAAUUAUUGCUAAUAACAAAAAUCAUUAGAAUACUUUUAUUAAAGUAACCACAAGAUAGGAAAACUAUGAGUCUAUUCUGACACUUUGUCCAAUCCGCCCUUCCCUUGCUUUCCCCUCUACCCCCCCCACCCAAAGCUCUGGGGAGCCUGUUUUCUUGCCGCCUAUGAUUUUAUAGCAAUGGAAGCAGUUAGCCGUUAACCUAGUAACAGGAAAGAGCAUGUUUAAAGCAACAAAAAUGCAUGAGCAAGGUUUAAAGCAGCAUUAUUUUUUAUUUAAGGGUUCCGAAGCUAAAUUGUUUAGCACAGUAUGUGUGUCUCACCGUGCCUCCAACUUCCCACCACAUUCAAACUUUUACUAAUUGAGUAGGCAGAGCUUAAAUCUGUGUUCUUCAUCCAAGC